GCUCAAAUGGGAGCUGCUUGGAGCACAUUCACAGCUUGAAACCAAAUUCUACCCGUUUUUUGCAAGGCUUGGAAAAGGUACUUCCAAAAGUUACUUUGGUUUUGACAAAGUGAGCUUGUGAACAUGGACAUCCAAGGAAAUGAAAUGGCUUCUGUUGGAAUCCCAACUAACGAUCAGCACUUCUUGCUUAACUUCAUCAUGAGCAACUACUUGGGUCCUGAUGUCUAUUCUGAUAACCCAAGACGUUCAGCUUCUCAAAGAUUAGCUGAAAAUUUGCCUCCAUACACUUCAAAAAAUCUUGGUACCUCAUUUGUCAGUAUUUCUCAGUUGGAGAGCUUGUAUUACUAUGUUCUGAAGAAUGCUCAUCCUAGCCUGAUAGUAGAACCAGAGAUGUUGCGUGCAUAUCUAAUGGGCAACCUACCUUUGCCAAGCUUAGUUCUGCUAGAUGACUACCAGCAGUUCACAAGUUUUUUCCCUUCAAAUAUUCACGAACAGAAAAGGUACUCCACAAGCAAUGAGAUUAUUAAGGGAAUUGUUCUAAUUGAUGAUCCAAUUGCAUCCUAUGCAAGAGAGAAGGAUAUGGAAUGGUUCAAAUGCUUAUCUGGUAUGGAUGAUUUGAAGAUUGACAAGUUCAAAUCCCUAUCCUAUCAGCAUGAGUUCCAGAAAGGAAAGAAAGAUGAUUGGAAGGAUUGCAUGAAAAACAGUGAGGAGAGAGUUACUAGACAUGCCCCCAAUGGUCAUGGUAAUGGAUCAGCAAUGUUUCAAGAGACAUAUAAGAGAAGGCAGCGCUGUGACGAGCCCCAAAUUUCAUCUUUUUCCAAUGUCCUGCCUGUGUUAAAAUAUCACAAUGAAGAAGGAUCCUUGAAGAGAACCAGCAAAAAGGAUGGGCGUGCGAUGAUGCCCCUUCUAAAAGUUCCAGAUGUGGAUGAAUGUGUACUUGAUGCAUCUAUUAAUAUGACAGGAACUGCAAAAGGGGGAAUAACCGGACCUCCAGUUGGUGUUGUUGACAUUGGUAUCAGCAAAGUUGCAUACUUCUUCCGAGUUGCUUUACCUGGAGUCAGAAAGGAUUAUUGUGAGUUCAGUUGUGAGAUUGAAUCCAACGGAAACGUUCGUAUCCAGGGAUCAACAUCCGGUGGAAGGAUCAUCAAGAAGCGUUCCCGUGUCUUCCACAUGAAACUACAGCAACUGUGCCCAGCUGGACCUUUCAGUCUUUGCUUUAGCCUCCCAGGACGUGUUGAUCCGAGACUCUUCUCACCUAACUUCCGAUCUGAUGGAAUUUUUGAAGCUGUUGUAAUUAGACAUGAUUAACAGGUAGCGUCUUGGUCAUCCCGAUUCCAGACCGGGUAAUAGUGAGUUAGCCAUCUGAUUUUACCCUGCUCUUGUAAUACCUGUGUUAUGUCCAAUUUGGUGUAUGUUGCUAACAUUUUAACAAUAUUUGGCUUCAGUUUACUUGGUUAGUCUCUUUAUGGGGAAGAAAUGAACUUAUUCUUCACUU